AUGUGGAAGUGUGAUGAAGGACAUAUUCGUAUUUCACCAGCACCCAUCAAUCCAUUUUUUCCAGUUAAUGGAACAAGAGAUUUUGAUGGUCCAUAUUUUACAGUAAACACUAAUUUAGUAGGUGAAAUGUCAGCAUUUUUUACAAUGAAAAAUAAGUUGAUAAAUUGUGUUCAUCCUGAUGAACCUUGUCAACAUUAUUGGGCUAAUAUGAGUUUAUGUGACAAAAGGAAACACCAAUAUGAAGAGCUUAUUAUAUCAUGGCUAACUUUGUUAAUAUUUGAGGUCACUGGAGAUGUGGAUAGUUAUAAUUCAUCUGAGCAUUUAAAUUUUCCUUUGAACCUCAAUUAUAACAAUGAUGGAAUAGGUUCAAUUAGAUAUAAUUUAACAGCAAGGGCAUUUAGUACAACAUCAAGUGGAACUCACUUUUAUGCUAAAAUAAUUCACAACAAUGUUGUUUAUAGAUAUUAUGACUUAAAAAGUCAAGGAGUUGUGUCAAUUGAAUCAAAAGAUCCAAAUUCACUUUCUGGGAAACAUUCUAAUUCUGUCUUGGUUGCUUAUGAUUUAUGUGAAGAAGAGGCAUCUACUAGGUUUUCUAAUAAUUGCAUAGAAAUCUUUUUAGAAAAAUUGUCAAAUUUUGAAAUUGAAAUUCCCAAAGAAAAAUCUACAUCAGCAAUUUAUUGUGAUGCAAAAGUUAUUGAAAAUAAAGAAAGAAUUGUUCGUCGUAGCAAAAGAAUCAAAACUGAGAACAAAUCAUAA